UAACAAUUUGUUCUCAAACCAAAAUAAUAUAAAAUCGAUUUCGUUGAAUCCUCUGCUGUUCUUCUUCUUCUUCUUCGGAAGCCUUAGGCAAAUCUCGACCUCGGAAGGAAUUGGGAAGUAAAAGGGGGAAAGAGAAAAGAGGCCAAAUUCGCUGGUUUUGGGAGGAAAGCAAUGGGAGAGGCGUUGGGUUCAUCAACCGCCAUUGAUUCCUCCAAUAUCGGCUUCCAGCUAUUGAAGAAGCAUGGAUGGAAAGAAGGCAGUGGUCUUGGUGUUUCUGAGCAGGGUAGAUUAGAACCCGUACAGGCAUAUGUGAAGAACAAUAAGAAAGGCCUUGGAGCAGAGAAGAAGAGAAAGACACCAAAGCCCAGUGAUCCUCCUGAUUCCAAGCCUAAAAAUGAUGAGGAACAGAAAACAACAAAGAAGACCAAGGCACUUUCCAAAAGGAUGCGGAAGAUGCAAGAACGCGAAAAGCAAAUGCAAGAGAAGGAAUUUGAGCGUGCAUUUUUUAGGGAGUUUUGGCCCGAUAAUGUUUGAUUAACCAAGUUUGUCCUUAGAAUAUGUACAGGCUGUUUGAAUCUUUGUAUUAUUAUUAUUAUUAUUUUUGGUCA